GUGUGCGCGAGGUGAGUUCGCUUUGCGUGAGAACGUGCAAAGAGGAAACUGACAUCGUGUCAAUAGCAGAGAGCUCGCAGUCAGUGCGUGGACGAGGAAAGACGAAAUGAGCGACAGACCAACCGAGGAUAUUUUAGGCCCCGAUGGCAAGCCCCUGUCGAAGAAGGCCCUAAAGAAGCAGCAGAAGGAUGCCGAAAAGGCCGUCAAGAAGGCCGCCCAUAGACAGCAGGAGCAGACGCAGAACCCUCAGGCCGUGGAGCAGGAGAAGGAGGACUAUGCCAAGGACCUGUACGGACAGGUCCGCAUGAUCCAGUCUCGUGACAAACCAGACAGGACGCUACUGAAAGUGUGUGAGUUGACCCCAGGCCUGGCCGACCAGAAGGUGUGGUUGAGAGGACGACUGUACACCAGUAGAAGUAAAGGAAAAUCGUGUUUCUUCGUGAUCAGACAACAGAAGUGGACGGUCCAAGCGCUGGUGUCGGUCGGGGAGAAGGUCAGCAAACAGAUGGUCAAGUAUAUCGCAAAUAUCAACAAGGAAUCCAUUAUCGAUGUGGAGGGGUAUGUGAGGACAGUCCCACAGAAGAUUGAAUCCUGCUCACAACAAGAUGUCGAACUUCACGCAGAACAGGUGUGGGUUAUAAGUUCAGCUGCACCAAGACUUCCCCUGCUCAUAGAGGAUGCGUCACGACCCGACACAGAAGGGGACUUGGCCCGUGUAAAUCAGGACACUCGUCUCGACAACCGCAUCAUCGACCUCCGGACACAGACCAACCAAGCCCUGUUCCGUGUUGAGAUGGGCGUGUGUAGACACUUCCGGCAACAUCUGGAGCAGAGCGGCUUUGUAGAGAUUCACACACCUAAAAUAAUUUCAGCUGCAUCAGAAGGUGGGGCCAAUGUGUUUGAGGUGACCUACUUCAAAACCAAGGCAUACCUGGCCCAGUCCCCGCAACUCUACAAGCAGAUGGCCAUAUGUGGAGACAUGGAUAAGGUGUUCACUGUCGGAGCAGUGUUCAGGGCAGAAGACUCCAACACACAUCGCCACUUGACUGAGUUUGUCGGUCUGGAUCUGGAAAUGGCGUUCAGCUACCACUACCAUGAAGUUCUUGAUGUUAUCGGAAAUUUGUUUGUGGCAAUAUUCAAAGGUCUACAACAGAAUUUUGCAGAGGAAAUCGAAAUUGUCCAUAAACAGUUUCCUGCCGAGCCUUUCAAGUUUUUGGAGCCGAGUUUACGCCUCGACUACCGUGAAGGCGUGCAGAUGUUGCGGGAGGUCGGAGUGGACAUGGAAGAAGGCGAUGACCUCAGCACACCGAAUGAGAAGUUACUAGGGAAGCUGGUGAAAGCCAAGUACGACACUGACUUCUUCAUCCUCGACAAGUUCCCUCUGGCGGUGCGGCCCUUCUACACCAUGCCGGACCCCGAGGACACGAAAUGGUCCAACUCGUACGACAUGUUUAUGCGUGGGGAGGAGAUCCUGUCUGGAGCCCAGCGAAUCCACGACCCCGACUUCCUGUUGGAGAGGGCGAAGGAACAUGAAAUAAACAUUGAGAAGAUCAAGGCGUACAUCGACUCAUUCAAGUACGGAGCGCCUCCGCAUGCCGGAGGGGGUAUAGGUAUGGAGCGGGUCACCAUGUUAUACCUGGGGCUUGACAAUAUCCGCAAGGCGUCAUUGUUCCCACGUGACCCGAAGCGGCUCACACCCUGAAGCAUGACCUCCAUUUUACCUCCAGCAAUAUCUUACAUUUCCUCAAUGAAUUCUGUAACGUGUUGUUUUGGUUAGGAUUUUAAGAAAUAUUUCAAAAUAUGAACAGGUCCUUUGUUAACAGCUGACAGGGCUUUUGGGUUGGGUUUCAUUCUCAUUCAAUAUUUCAAAGUAAUGUUUGAUCUUUGUCUUGUGUAAUCAUUAAACUAAUCUCUGUAUCUCCUUCAUACACACAAGUAAGCCACAAUCUACAUAGAUUGUAUUUAUUAAGGCAGAUUAGGAUGGGUGGAUUGCACUGUGAACACAAUGCAUAAAAGUGCUAUUAUGAUUCCAGUACUGUGUCUGACAUGACUAGAGACGUUUCUCUAUUGACUUUAAGGUCUUAAGUCAUCAGUGGCAGGCUUCUGUCUGCUGUUAACUAGGGGUAUGCGGUAUUACCAAAAUAUUGGUAAAUUGAGGUUCAUUCUUUCCACGAUACGUAUCAUAAUAUCAUGUUGUCACGCUUGAUAUAUCAGGUGAUUUCAAAUAGCAAUUUUUUAUUGUGUGUUUAUUGUUAUAUAUUUGGCAAAUGCCUUCGGUGCCAGGAGCAUGCAUCCGGGGCACCAAGAUGGCUGCAUAUUUACUGACUGAGUAAACAUCAUUUUGUACAAGAAUCUUGUUUUGUUCCAUUUAUGAACGUCAAUUCAUACUUUAGUGUAUCAGAUUGCUUCUGAAGUCAAAAUUUAGAAUGAUACAAUAUAUCAUGAUACGUAUUGCAAUAUGGCCUUGUACAUCGCAAAAUAUUCUGAUGCACUUUAAAUCUCAAAUACACAUACCUACGGUUAGCCAUUGUAUGAAAUCUCAGCUGUUGUCCCAUAUAGUCCUGGGAAUUAUUUAAUAUAUACCUCUAUUUAUUUACAUUUUAACACCAGUUAUGCAUUCACUGAAGGUAAUGACUGAGUAUGCCAGAUGGAUAGGCCAUAAUUAGGUGGCUGUUAGUUUGUGGUUACCUGAUUGGUCAACAAGACAUUUAAAAUAUUUAUCAAUUGUAAUAAUUUAAGAAAAUGCAUUGAUAAUAGGCUGCCAACAAGCUGAUGACUUUGUUUCUAUUGUUCUACUACAAGCCUGGGUUGACUUAGUGCUGACAAACUGUAUUAUGUACAUAAACCAUCAUUCUGAACAUGUCUGUUAUAUUUUUGUACAGAUAUCUUACAGACUUGAGGUGACUCUGCUUAUUAAAUAUGAAAAUUUCA